AUUGGUGUCAGUGGGAGGAAUCGUGCCCCAUCAUUGGUGUCAGUGGGAGGAAUCGUGCCCCAUCAUUGGUGUCAGUGGGAGGAAUUGUGCCCCAUCAUUGGUGUCAGUGAGAGGAAUCGUGCCCCAUCAUUGGUGUCAGGGAGAGAAAUAAUGCCCCAUCAUUGGUGUCAGGGGAGGAAUAGUGCCCCAUCAUUGGUGUCAGUGGGAGGAAUAGUGUCCCAUCAUUGGUAUCAGUGGAAGGAAUAGUGCCCCAUCAUUGGUAUCAGUGGGAAGAAUAGUGCCCCAUUAUUGGUAUCAGUGGGAGGAAGUGCCCCAUCAUUAGUGUCAGUAGGAGGAAUAGUGCCCCAUCAUUGGUGUCAGUGGGAGGAAUAG